GGAUUGCUCGGCACCUUCUGGAAGCUAGCCCGCAUCGGCGAACGCCUCUCGCCCUUUGUGGCGCUCGGCUGUGUGGCCAUGGCCGUUCACACGCUGUUCCUCAGCGCCUAAACCUCAUAUUUCCGGCCGGUCGGGAUGCGGGGCCUGACCUGGGCUGUCAUUUGGGCCUUGAUAGGCGGGGGAUGUGGGGCCGCGGCUCAAAAUGAGACGCCGGAGCCCGAAUUGGCCGUGCCUUUAAGCCACGACGAGGGUGGUCUGGCCCCCGAUGCUGGCGUGGCGUCGGGGAUGGUGCCAUGUUCGCCCGAUCUGCCCGAUCCUCAUGGGACGUGUCCAUCUAACGCCGCUUGUGACCAAUUGGAUUGGGCGUGUUUCACGUGUUGGUGUCCAUUGGAUUGUACUUAUGGUCGCCCGAGUAAUGGCACGUGUCGGGUCCGACCCGAGAUUCCGUGUUUGGGCUCGCCCAUCCUGAAUCGAACAUUUACGUGUCAAUAUUGCUUUCAAAGUCCGGCUCGGGAUCACGUGUGCGAACCUCAUUAUGAUUGCCAUUCCGUGGCGGCCCCGCCCCAACGGGUGGUCGUCAAUUGUAGCGCUCCGGCGGAUUUGCUCUGUUUAGGCCGACGGAACUUUUUGAAGCGGGUGCGGUGUAAUUGGACCGGUGGGUACAAAUGGUCCACGGCCAUGGUUUUGAGUAUCACCCUGGGUGGAUUCGGGGCCGAUCGGUUCUAUUUGGGUCAUUGGCAGGAAGGCAUCGGCAAACUCUUCAGUUUCGGCGGUUUGGGUGUUUGGACCUUGGUGGACGUGGUCAUGAUCGCCAUUCGCUACGUUGGCCCGGCGGAUGGCUCGUUGUAUAUUUAGACAGUCCGGCUCAUUUCCAUGGAACAACUACCUUUGUCUUCUUUUUAUUACCGCUAUUAUUACUAACACCAAUGUUGUUGAUAAUGUUCCGGUUAUUCUUCUGGUUGGUCAGUGCUGUGGGCUUUUUAGAGUCUGUGAUAGUAUUGUACAGACUCCGUCGGGAAGACCGCCGUUCUACAAAGAAACGAAAGGAACGCUGCAUUGUGAUACUGCAAAUGACUUGCACUCGAAAAUAAAUGAACUCAACCCAAA